CAGAGCUGCAUUCAUCAUGGUAAAUGAGCUCAGCAGUAAUCUAAAGUCUCCCAUUGCACUUGAAAACCUGUUCCAUCUCUCCACUUUUGUGACUGUGCAUGAAAUAUUGUAAAUCUCUCCAGAGGUGCUGGGGUUUCUGACAGCCAUCGGACUCUUCAUCAUCCUCAUGACUUUCCUCUUUUGGUACCUCAACAAUAAGUUGGCACUAGAGAACCCAGGGAGCCUUCAGUGCCUUGAUGAAUUCAGGAAAACCACUGAGCUGCAAGAUAAGGUCUACGCCGACGCUGACUUGCAGGCUUCAUCGUCGGACAGCGAGGAUGAACUGAUGGGUCAGUAUCAGGAAGCGGUCAGCCGCUCCCAGGGCCUCAGAGGAGGAGCCAAGGUGUCCUCUAAUGCCAAGCACACUGGAGGUUUCAGCUGGGAGAGCCGGCAGAAGUACAGCCCGCUUACUGCUGAUUAUGAUGGCUACAGCAGUGAAGCCUCAGCUGAUGAUGUCAACUGCAUCCAGAGGAUGAGACGGACGCCGCCACUGGAUGAGCUUCAGCCACCGCCCUAUCAGGAUGAGAAUGGCUCUCCGAGGAUGUCCUGCACUCUCUCAGAUCUGGGUGAUGCCAAGUGUGAUCUGUCCCACACCAGCGGUAGCCCCCACCUCUCUUUUGGCAAGUGUCCCAGUGAGGAGAGCGACGGCCCUGAGACUGAGAGUUACCUCAACAAGGGCUAUGAGGAGGACGUGCCCAGUGACAGUACAGCUGUCCUCAGCCCGGAGGAUAUGUCAGCCCGUGGAUCAGCAGCCCAGCUGCCGAAAGGUUAUGAACCAGAUCCUGUUGCAAAAUACGGGACCCUCGACAUCGUGUUUGACUACGACUCAGAGGAGCAGCAGCUGUCUGUGACCAUCAUGGCAGUAACCGACCUUCCAAGCUACAAGCGCACCGGUAACAUCUCCUGGCAGGUUCAUCUGGUGCUUCUGCCCACCAAGAAACAGAGGGCGAAGACGGGGAUCCAGAGAGGCCCGUGCCCCAUCUUCACGGAGACCUUCCGCUUCAGCCAUGUGGAGUCAGAGAUGAUCAGCAAUUAUGCUAUCAGAUUCCGCCUUUACAGCAUGCGACGGAUGAAGAAGGAGAAGGUGCUCGGGGAAAAGGUGUUCUACCUCACCAAGCUCAACCUUCAGGGCAAAAUGUCGGUGCCGGUCACAUUAGACCCAUGCUGUGCACUCCCGGGUGGCGAAUCCCAGGUCAGCCUCUCAGAUAUGACAUGCAGUGAAAGCGCCUCGUCAUUCCAGUCAGUCAGUCAGGCUUCCACACCGGAGAUCCUCGUGGGCCUGGUUUACAACGCCACAACAGGACGUCUCUCUGUGGAAGUUAUCAAAGGCAUCCACUUCAAAAACCUGGCUGCUAACAAACCACCCAAUACAUAUGUUAAGCUGACCUUACUUAACUCCAUGGGCCAUGAGAUGUCCAAGUGUAAGACCUCCAUCUGUCGAGGUCAGCCCAACCCAACCUACAAAGAGACGUUUGUCUUCCAGGUAGCUCUUUUCCAGCUAUCGGACGUCACGCUCAUCCUAUCCGUCUACAACAAGCGCAGCAUGAAGCGCAAGGAGAUGAUUGGUUGGAUUUCACUGGGCCUCAACAGCUCUGGAGAGGAGGAGCUCACCCACUGGACUCAGAUGAAAGAGUCUAAAGGACAGCAGGUUUGCCGCUGGCACAGCUUGCUGGAGUCUUAAUGGCACAGCAAGAAAGCGCGCGGGCAUAGCUACAUGGCGCCGCCGCCGUCCUUAUCCCAGAUGGGCAGGAAAUGGAAAUGUUCAACUGGGAAGCGGGAGUGCGAUGCCGUCCAAUGAACCAGCGUCAGUGGUGAUGAAGAGACGGGAACACAACCACACGCAUCUGCACUCAGUUUCUCAGCUCGGCAUGGCAUAAGCGAUUUCAUGGCUCUGUUUGAAUAAACAGUCACUGCCAUGAAUUAGUUUUAUGACGAGAAAUGCUAUUUUCCAUAUACUGCCGUGUAAUGACCUUUAAGUUUUUGUAGAUGGCAUCUUUUUGUCUGCUGAGCUGGUUUAGCUGGGGCCUGCUCCAUGGGGAAAGUUUUAGACAAGAUCAUUGAGCAAAUUGCACCUGGUAGCCAUGUGUACCCACACCUCCAGCCGCAUAAAUAGAAGUUUCUAAGGAAGGCUUUAAUUUUUAUAAUUAUAUUUUUUUUUUAACAAAUAUUUUCCAGACCACCUCUCAGCAGAUCCUUACCUCAAAAUUUAGCUGGAGAUAACUUCUUACCUGGAAAUGUCAAACGAGGUUGGACAUCACCAUUGUGUCAUCCCCAUCGACUUCAAAAGCACAAGAAGUUUGGCAGAUUUUAAAGUGGCAGUUCUAAAAUGGUGUGAAAUAGGGACUGUAAAAGAAUUAAAAAGAAAAAAAGCUUCUGAACUGCAAGACCCAGCAGAAAGUGUCUGUACUUCUUUAAAAUACUACAAGCAAUCUGAAGUGCUUCAGUCAAAGGCAGCUGGACUCCUUUUAGGUUUUUGAAGACAUCGUCACCUCUCGUCUGAAAGGGUUAUUUGCACCUAAAGUAGAAGAGACACUGGAGAAUACAAAUGUUCAGAUUUUGGAUUCACAACUGUACCCACGUGAGCACAACUCAUGAUCUUAGGUGGCGCACUAGACAGGACUCUG